ACACUAAUAGAUUAAAAAAAAAUGCUUUUUUAAGAUUAGAAGAUAAAGAUCAGGAAAUAUUUUUAAAUUUAUCAGAUCUUUAUAAUAAACAUCUUAUUAAUGUUUAUAAUGAAAAUAUUCCUAUGGAGGGAUCUAAUGAAUAUAAUUUAAAAAAAGAUUUUUAUGAUAGUAUAAAAAAGAAAUGUUGUGAUAGAACUGAUAUUAGAAAUUUUGAAAAUGCAAGAGAAGAAUAUAAAGAAAAACUAAAAUUUGUUAAAAUAGAAACUGAGAAUCAAGAAAUUAAAAGUGAAAAUCAACAAAUGAAAAAGGAAAAUCAAGAAAUAAAGAAAGAGAAUCAAGAAAUAAAGUUGCUUUUGGAACGAGUUAUGGCACAAUUGCCAAAUGGAAAAUGA